AACAAAACAAGAAUGAUUGAAUUUCUAAAGCAUUUCUAACUAUGAAAGGACAAAAUUUCACAAGCCUUUCAUAAUUUCCCUACUACAAGUGAUUCUGUGAGCAAUGGCCUGGUGAAGGCCAGCUUCCUAGGAACACAUCUGGAGAUCUGGCUUCUGUGUAGGUUGUCUGGUCUCUAAAAGGGGUUACAUUGCAGCCUUUUUCUCUGUGGACCUUCUAAUAGGAUUUCUCUCUAAUUGCCUGUUCUCAUGAAAUCUCUAGAAAUACCUGAUUAUCUUGUUUACUGAUGGAUUUUGCAGGACAUACCUGCAUGCACAUGGAAAGCACAUCUGUGCAUCUACCAUGCUCCAUCUCCAUACCAGCUUCAGAUUUAAUUCUGUUGCAUAUGUUUCCUUAGGACCACAAAUGGUGCUGUAAGGGAAAAACCUUUCAGUGUUACCGCAGUCUGUCAGUGAAAAGUUGCCCAGAGAGGCUGUCAUACCUCUGUCUAUGGAGGUUUUCAAUUUGUUGCAGACCCUGCUUUGACUAGGAGACCGGAAUAGGUGUCUUCUUGAGUUCCCUUUCAAGGUGAAUGAGUAUUGUUCUAAGAAGUAAGCUAAAAGGAAAGCAAAAAGAAACUUUCUAUUUUGUGGGACUUCUCACUUUGAAGAGGUGAAAUGUCAGCAUUUUUGCUUUUUUCUUUUAAUGCAGAGAUAUUAUAGUCAAGCAUAAUUACUUGGCAAAGUAGAAGUAUUUGGCUAGUAAGGUACUGUCCAGACUGCUACCUCGUUGUUUAGGUUAGUAUUAAAAUACUGUAAUACUAUUGUCAGAGUUACAUUUGUGAUCUUUGUUAAAAAGCUGAAUGUAGUUGGAUGUUAUAUGGAAUGCAGGUGGUGUAGAAAUGAAGGGAACCUUUAGUGUUGCACAGAACUCAAGUUUGCUGUAUCAUUGGAGAGGUGCCAUCUAAAUGAACUGUAAAUGCAGCAAUAAAUUGAUGGAUAAAAUGCCCGAGCAAGGGUUGAAUGACCUUUUUAGAAUUGAGUUUGGGGCAUCAGCUGCUACAGUUUUAUUUUGAUACUAACUUGCCUGUGUUCUGUUCAUGCAAAAGUAUGUCCAUGAAAUUAAAAAUAGCUUAAGAUAAAUUUGUCUUUAGGUAGCCAACAUGGUGAAAAGAUCAAGACUCUUGGGUGCUAGAGUAGCUCAGGUUUAAUUUUACUGUAGUGCCUUCAUACUGAAUUUGCUGGUUAAGAAUGGGAUGCAUACCAACAAAAGAUUGACUGUAGUUAUGCAUGGAAACCGUGCAAGCCAAAGCUUGAAGAAUGUCUAAAGUGCAAGAGAAAUAAAUUAGUCCUAAACAAGUAUGGAUAAUAAACUCUGUAGUAAUCAGGGAAUUAAACUGGCAUCUUGAGGAAAUAAGCUUAGAAUGAUGAAGUUUCAGUGACCUUUGUGAUGGGGCGUUGCUGGUCUAAUAGAUACAGAACAUUAGAUGAAUAACAUAGAGUCUUGCUCCAGAACAGUUUGUGAAAGUACCAAGUGAUGUUGCACACGAUACAGAAAUACACAUAUUUUUGGAUUGAAGAUGAACUACUUGAAAAACGGAAAAUGAAUUAUUUCUCAUUUUGAUUAAUGACUUUCAGAAAGAUUGCUGGUUAAGAAAACUUGAGAUACAUGGAUGUUGCAUUACUAUACACCUUUGUAGACUAAUGUUUCUUUUUUACGAGAUAGACAUGCCUCAAGAAAUGUCUGCUUCCUGCCUUUGCUAGCAUCAGUGUAUCAGUUAAACGACUGAGAUGAAGUGUUUCCAGUGGAGCCUAACAUACUGAACCACAUAUCCUUUUGGCUGAUCUAAGCAUGGUGACAUCCUGUCAGCUCUGUUGUUACCUUCAGUGGGCCAUGGGGUUGGUGCAUAUAACCUGCUAUCAUAGAGGGACAGAUCAUAAGACUUUAACCAGAGACUGUACAAAUUAACAGUCGACUUCACUUUAAAAAGAGGAUUUUACAGAUUAAUUUUACUCCUUGAAUUUCAGUAGAGUGUCAGACUGUUUACUCUGAUUUAUUCCAUUCUGUCUAGGUUCCUGUUCCACACCUACCCCAAUGGUAUCAGAAUGUCUUCCAGACUUCUUAGGGAUAAAAACCAUUAGGAAACAAGACUAGCAUCUGUCAAAUGGGGCUCCCUCUCCAUUUUUUUGUGCAUAGCUUUCCUUUCGGGGGAGAAGAAGAGGAGAAUAGCAUGAGAAGUGCAAAAUGUUUCAAGUUCCUGUUCAAAAUCUUGAUAAUAUUAGGAAGGCUCGAAAAAAGGUGAAGGGCAUUCUUGCGGAUCUUGGGCUUGACUGCUGCAGGGAAUUGUUGAAGAAUCUUAAAAGUUUUGACCCAGGUGAAAAACACUUUUGUAACACUUCAUGGAGUGAUGUCUCUCUUUGGGAGUCUGUGGGCAAAAGGAAGAGAUACAGGACAAAGCCGUACUGCUGUAGCUUAUGCAAGUUCUCGUCGAAAUUGCUUACUUCAUUCAAGAAUCACUUGCACCGCUACCAUGAAGAUGAAAUGGACCAAGAGCUGGUGGUUCCUUGCCCAAAAUGUGCAUUUGCUUCUGAUCCAAAAAUAGUGGGAAAACAUAUCCGAAUGUUUCAUUCAUCUAAUAAAAGAAUACAGAACUACACAGUCAGCAUUUUGGAUGGCAUGAAACAAUUCAAGAGUGAUAUAAUAAACUUUACGUGUCUAAAAUGCCACUUCACAGACACAUUGUAUUACAAUAUGAAGAAACAUGUGCUGAUGAACCAUUUUGAGAACUUAAUUAGUAUGUAUUUUGGCCUGAAACCUGAUGGAAGUAAAGGGGAUUCUGCUGAGCUCUACUGUAAAAAAUGUAAUGCUUCCGCAAAGAGUGAAGAUUCUUUAAUGUAUCAUGUCUUGACAGCUGAAACACACAGAGACCUGGAGAACAAACUUCGGUCUCUGAUUUCAGAGCAUAUUAAGAAACCAGAAAUCGUGAAACAAAUGCAAAUUGCUCCAAAGCCUCCCCAAAGUAUGGCAGUGACUUCUCCAUCUGCAACACCUGCCACUUCCACAGCAGGUUCUGUAUCAGCUCCAUCUUGCAUCCAGCUUGCAUUUCCACAGAAUAAUCAAAACCAGAGUGUGGUGCAGCCAAAUGCCAUUCAAAACACAGUUGGAUCACUGACUGUUCCAAGUGCCUCUGGUAGCCUUCCACAUACAACUUCUGCUCCAGUUGUUACCCCCCCACAUGUUGCUCUUGUAUCUAAUAAUCUUUUUGUAGGUCAGAAUAACAUGAAUAUUCAGCCGUCACCUUCCCAGCCUAUCAUUGUUUCCCAUACGCUCCCCCUUAAUCAGCCUGUGGGGACUGUGGGCCCUUCAGUUCUUCCUCUUAAUCAACCUGUCAGGCCUGGGCUCUUCCCCGUUAAUCAAACCAUUGGUACCAUAAAUGGUCCGCUUGCAACUGGAGCACUACCUGUUACUCAGCCUGUCAGCCCUGUCAAUCAACCAGUUGCACCAGGAGUUAUCUCCGUCAAUCAGUCGUUUGGGAAUGUGAAUAGGCCCAUUAAUCCCAGGGUCCUUCCUGUGGCACAGACAGUUGCUUCGGGUGUUCUCCAGCUUAAUCAGCCUGUUGCUUCUGGGCUUGUUCCUGUUGGACAGAAUGUCAGACCUGGUUUUUUUCAACUUAACCGACCUGUUGCCCCAGCAGUUAUCCCAGUAAAUCAUCCAGUUCAACCAUCAGUUUCUCAGAAUACAGCUUUUUUGACUCCAGGUUCUAUAGUUCGGCAGUUGAUUCCAACUGGUAAGCAAGUUAAUGGGAUACCUACGUACACGCUUUCCCCAGUUUCAGUUACUUUGCCUGUACCUCCUGGUGGGGGAGUAGCAACUGUUACACCACCACAAGUGCCCUUCCACCUAAUGCAGGCUGGGACAAUAACUCAGUUGUCCCAGUCACCAGCUAGUGUGCCCUCUCCUCCAGUGGUAUUAACAUCUCAGAAUAUAUCAUUACAAGCCUCCCUUCUUGGUCUUGGAACAAGUCAGGAUACCAGACAGGCUAAGCAGUGGAAGACUUGCCCUGUUUGCAGUGAACUUUUCCCAUCAAAUGUCUACCAGGUGCACAUGGAGGUGGCCCACAAACAGUGUGAACCAAAAGUGGACAGAACCCCAGCACCUGAGAAACUUGCAGCUUGCGCACCCUUUCUGAGGUGGAUGACAGAAAAGACGGUCCGGUGUUUCUCUUGUAAGUCUUUUCUGUGUGAGGAAGAGCUCAUGAAGCAUCUCUUGAUGCAUGGCUUAGCUUGCUUGUUUUGCACAGUUACUUUCCAUGACUUAAAAAGCCUUGUAGAGCACAAUAAGAUGACACACAUUGGGAAAAAGCAGUUACAUGCAGAUUAUAGCAACAGAGGAUUUCAACUAGGUAAUGAUGCUCAGGGUGACCUUAUAUUUCCUCACUUUGAUUUCAGUACAGUGUUACCAAAAGAAGAUAUUGGUGAAAGAGAAGUACAUUUGGCUGUGCUCGCUGGACUAAAUUCAAGGACGCUUGUCCCAGUUUACAUCAAAGUGACAGCUCAGACAGUAGAAACAAAGAGGAGAUGCAUGAGAAAAAUGUUAACCUGUCCCUUUUGCUAUGGUACGUUUGCUGGUAAAGAAACUUAUGAAAGGCAUUUGAAAGAGCGGCAUCAUAUAAUGCCAACUGUACAUACUAUUUUAAAGACUCCUGCUUUCAAGUGCAUCCACUGUUGUGGUGUGUACACUGGAAAUAUGACUCUAGCAGCUAUUGCUGUACAUUUGCUCCGUUGUAGAAGUGCUCCCAAAGACAGCAACUCAAGUGUGAAGAUGCAGCUUGAGCGUACUGAGAAGAAAGAGCUACUGCUUGUAAAUGGUGAAAAGCAUGAUUCUAUGACGCUGAAAAGAAAACAAUCGGAUUCCUGCUUUGUUGCAGAAGACCAAAGGAAUAGGGAACAGCAGCCUCUGAGCUUCAGUACUGGCAUAGUUCUGUCUCCAGAAGAAGAAUUGAAUUCAGGGGUAGUGCCUUUUAAAAGACAGAAGAUUAGUAAUAGGACUGAUAUGAAGAAGCUUCUUUCUAGUGAGGAUCUUUGCCUUUUAGCAGUAGAUCCUACACAGUAUGAUCACAGUUCGUAUGAGGCUCAAAAGCAGUUUUUGACAGACUACUUUCACAAGAGGCCAUAUCCUUCUAAGAAAGAGGUGGAAUUACUUUCCUCACUGCUGUGUGCAUGGAAAAUUGAUGUUGCAUCAUUCUUUGGAAAAAAGAGGAAUAUAUGCUUAAAGGCAAUGAAUAAUCGCAAACCAUCUGUGCUGCUGGGUUUCAGUAUGUCUGAACUAAAAAAUCUUAAGCACAGUUUGAAUCUAAAAGAUGAAGCAUUAGAUAUAUAAACAAGCUUUUUAUAACAUCUAAAAGGAACCCAUACUUGCAUUAUUAUUGAUUUAGCCCUUUAUUGUAUUGUUUUGACUUGCAGACUGGCCUGUUGAAGGGUGCGGUAGUACAGUCUUAUUCAGUUGUGACUUACUGUGAAAGGCGCACGUAGUUGUGUAUUUGAAAAGCUAAAACCUUCAGACUUGCACAUCUGGAAUUUGUUUUAGCUUUGUACUUUUUCUGGAGUAGGUUUUUUAUUUUCUUUUCCCCUGUUUCCUUUUUUUUGCCUCCAGGCUCCCAUUACACUUUUUAUACCACCAUGUAAAACAUUUGUCCUGUUGAAAACAAAUUUUAUUUUUCUGCAAUGUCGUUGUCUUUUCUAAACAAUAAAAUGUACAAUGUUGGUUAAAAUACUGAGGUAAACUACGUGAAAAAACAUAUUUCAUUAUUUGUGAGUUUAAGUCCUAAUUUUUUUAACCUAUUUUUGUUUUAUCUACUGAAGAAGUGAUUGUAACCUUUACGUCCAUUGCCUUUUCAAAUUCCUGAUGCACUGGUAGCAAUAAAAUAGAUGGCAAUCUU